GAAAACCCUCACUGUCUGCGACACUACAUUUGUUUAUGUUUAUGUUUGCGACCAAAACAACUUCCACAAAAUGCUUCGACUCCGAAGAACACCUUCCAUCUCUCGUUUCCAACAUUUUUCCACUCUUUCCCAUCCCUUUUCGGACGCACCAAACAGAACCCAACUCUUAAACUCAAUCAGAAACCUCAAAAGUGCCGAUUCCGCAAUCCAUUUCUUCCUCAGAAUGCUCGCCACUACACCCUUCCCCAACAUCAAAGACUUCAACUUUUUGUUCGGCUUCGUCGCCAAAACGCAGCGUUUCGCCACCGCCAUUUCCCUAAUCAAAACCCUACUUUCUCUCGGCGUUAGUGCUGACGUGUGCACCCUCAACAUCGUCAUCAAUUGCCUUUGCCGUUUGAACCACACGCCUUUUGGGUUCUCCGUUUUGGGCUUAAUGUUCAAAACCGGUUUGGAACCCUCUUUGGUUACCCUUAACACCAUUGUUAAUGGCCUUUGUGUGGAAGGGCGCGUGGCACACGCGCUAUGGUUGGUUGAUCACAUGGAAAAAAUGGGGUAUCACUGUAAUGUUAGAACCUUUGGUGCAUUGGUUAAUGGGUUGUGUAAGGUUCGUGACACUUGUGGUGCUAUUGAGUGGUUGAAGAAAAUGGAAGAAAGAAAUUUGGAAAUCAACGUUGUGGUUUAUAAUAGCGUUUUGGACGGACUUUGUAAGGGUAAGUUGGUGUCUGAGGCUUUGAAUUUGUUCUAUGAGAUGAGAGAUAAAAAGGGUAUUCAGCCUACUGUUGUUACUUACAAUUGUUUGAUUCAAGGGCUUUGUAGUUUUGGAAGGUGGAAAGAGGGUGCUUCUUUGAUCAAUGAGAUGAUGGUGGAGAAGGGAAUCAUGCCUGAUGUGCAAACGUUUUCGAUUUUGGUGGAUGCCUUUUGCAAGGAGGGGUUGAUUAAUGGGGCUAAGAGUGUUGUGUGUUUCAUGGUUCGAAUUGGGUUGGAGCCCAAUGUCGUGACGUAUAACUCAUUGAUUGGCGGGUAUUGUUUGCGGAGUCAAAUGGAGGAGGCAAUGAGAGUUUUUGGUUUGAUGGUUCGUGUGGGCUGCUUGCCGAGCAUUGUGACGUAUAAUUCGUUGAUUCAUGGAUGGUGUAAGGUUAAAGAUGUCGAUAAGGCUAUGUGUCUAUUGGGUGAAAUGGUUAGUAAAGGGUUGCAUCCUGAUGUAUUCACUUGGACCGCACUAAUUGGUGGGUUUUGUGAAGUGAGUAAGCCACUGGCUGCAAAAGAAUUGUUUUUUACGAUGAAAAAAUAUGGCCAGGUUCCCAAUCUCCAGACCUGUGCUAUUGUAUUGGAUGGCCUAUUCAAGUGCCAUCUGAAUUCUGAGGCGAUAUCAUUGUUUAGGGCAAUGGAGAAGAGUAAUCUAGAUCUUGAUAUUGUGAUUUACAAUAUUGUGCUUGACGGAAUGUGCAAAGCUGGAAAACUGAAUGAUGCAAGGGAACUUCUUUCUUGUAUGCUGGCUCAAGGGUUGAAAAUUGAUGUAUAUACUUUUAACAUAAUGAUUCAAGGUCUGUGUAGAGAAGGACUAUUGGAUGAUGCUGAAAACUUGCUUAUAGAAAUGGAAGGGAAUGGCUGCUUGCCUAAUAAAUGCUCGUAUAACGUGUUUGUUCAGGGAUUGUUGCGAAAAUGUGAUAUUUCUAGGUCUAGAAAAUACCUUCAAAUAAUGAAAAGCAAAGGAUUUCUGCUAGAUGCUACCACAACAGAGUUGCUUAUAUGUUUCUUCUCUGCUAGUGAAGGAGAUAAAGCAUUUGAAGAGUUGCUACAGAACUGAAAUUUGUUUGAAUUAAUCUCUCCAUUCAUGAUUUGAUUUGGGUUCAUGUCAAGUUUUAGAAACCAGUCUGAUCAUAAUGUUAGACCAUCAAACAAGCCCCUUGAUGAAUGGUUGGAGUACAUCCUUUAGGCCAUUGCGGGUUCAACUGCUCUAAUUCGUCAUAACCCAAUGGUGUAGAAAGUAUAAGGAAGAACAUGGAAUGAUGUCAUUUUAUGAAAGGAGCGCACGUGUUUGGCCGAGACACUAACCCAAUUCGAUACAAACAAGAUGAAGGAAGACCUUGUUUUCUAGCUUGCAGUUGCAAAAUUGUGGUAGAGAUAUAACUGUAUGUUUGGUGUCCAUACAUAUGAAGUUUACAUCAACUUGAAUGACAAAAACUGGAAGGAAUGUUUUGACAUGUGAAUUGUGAUAUUGGAGGUUUUGGCUACAGAUUCCAUGGAGUCUCAGAAAGGUACCUAGAUUCUCAAUUAUGGCAUGCCUUGCUGGUGCCAUGGUUCAAAUCAAAUGGCACUUCACAACUCAAAAAGUGUUCCACUUUCCUCAUGGACGUGCAGAGUACAUCCAUGGGAAAAUAGAUUUCUGGCUAACCAGAAUUCCCGUACUCAUCCCUUGCAUGUUCUCUGCAAUGAAAUAAAUGUCAGACUCUGAUACUGAUGAGGUCAAACUGAAAAUGAGAGUGACCACUUUGAGAAAAAAAUUGAUUUGGAUUUGGAAGAAAAUGUUUCAUUGGAAUGAGAGUCAUGAAGAAAUUGCUUCCUUUACCAAGACAUUGACACAAUCUUAUCCCAAUAACGGUGGAGGGUUCUCAGUUUCUCGUUAUUGUGCUGAAGCCUGAAACUGCAGAAUUUGUUGACUACUUGUCCCUAGGAUUCCUUGUUAUCAAUUGGCUUUUCUUAAAUACUAUAUUAAUAUUCAGAUCCAAACACACUAACACUUUUUUUAACUCUUCCUCAAGUUAGAAGGCUAUGUUUACUGAUUUUGG